AAUUAUUUGACGUUUAUAUUUAACCUCUAAUUCCUAAACUAAGAAAGUCGCGGUUGUUCAAAUUUACAAAUAUGCAAAUAAAACAUUUGCAGCGAAUACUACGUCCGAGUUUAAUUAAUUUUAGAAACUCUAUAUCAGCAAACUUCAGUCAGAUACAACUAUCUUCUGAACAAGAAGAUGCAAGAGAAAAGAAGCGACAGGAAAUAUUGGCGAGGGGUUUGCCGAAAGUAAAACCUAUCCCAAACGUAAAAGAUAUCAUUAUGGUGGCGUCCGGAAAAGGGGGAGUUGGUAAAAGUACUACUGCAGUUAAUUUAGCAACAGCUUUAAAAACUGAAUGCCCAGACAAAAAUAUAGGACUCUUGGAUACUGAUGUGUUUGGACCCACUGUGCCUCAAAUGAUGAAUUUGAAUGAGACACCCCUGUUAAAUGACAACAACUUGAUGGAACCUUUAAUUAACUAUGGAGUAAAAUGCAUGUCAAUGGGUUUUCUAAUUGAAGAAACCGCUGCGGUGAUCUGGCGCGGUUUAAUGGUGAUGCAAGCAAUGGAGAAACUAAUGCGUCAGGUACACUGGGGCCCAACUGACGUGCUAAUCAUCGAUACCCCGCCGGGGACCGGUGACACUCAAUUAAGCAUAGUACAAAAUUUACCAAUUACUGGUGUUGUACUUGUCACAACACCACAAACAGCGUCAAUUCAAGUGACGAGACGCGGAGCUAAAAUGUUCAAUAAGUUAAACAUACCAAUAAUCGGAUUGGUGGAAAAUAUGAGUUCCGUUAAGUGUCCCGCUUGUCGAAAUGACGUGCAAUUAUUUGGCAAUGGUGUACUUGAACUAGUUGAGGAGUUAGAUACAAAGUUAUUGGUCUCAGUGCCAUUGGAAAAGGAGAUUGGUUCAUGUUCCGACAAAGGUAUACCAGUGACAGUAGCAAAACCCAAUUCGAACGAAGCUAAAUGUUACAGAAAUUUAGCGAAAAUUACGAAUGAAUACGUUUCGAAUCGAUAGGUAUCGAAGUCUUCCAAAAUAUAGAUAAUAAAAAUACGAUUUAUUAGAACAACCCAAAGAGGACACGGAAAUUCUCUCGCUCUCUCGUACUUACAAUUUCGUUUGGAAUAUUCAUUGAAAUUAGCGAAGUUUUUUAUAUAUGAUAAAUGAUAACAUACCGUUUUUAAAGUGUAUGUCCUCAAGCUUUUUAAGUACGGUCUUUGAGACCCAUAGUCACUUAAUGAAUUGCACAAUCAUAAGCACUCAGGCUGAUGCAAACAACGAAGCAGAUGAAAAUCAGUGAGUAUCACCAAUCAGCAUGUUUUCAUUGGGUCGGUUUGGCAAACACCCUGCGUGCAUGGCGAAACAAUUCGAUAAAUAAUUGAAAACGGUCGAUUCAUUGAAUGACAUUGACACAAAAUGAGAUAAGAGCCAGAAAAAUACUGAACAUGUAAUCGGCGCCCGCAGCGCAAUUGUAGUAAAUGUACGUGAUUGUGAGACACACAUUUGUAAAUAUAACGGUCGUUAUGUACAGA